AUGGUAACUAUCGGUGAGCAUGUAGAAAAUGGGCUGAAAUCAAGGAAGAUCACAGAUACAACCGCUCCUCAAGCAACGAAUAAGAGGUCGCAUGAGGGCUUCGCAAAAAAGAAAGAGGGGGAGACAAAUGUUGUGACAACAAGUGUCCACCCCCAGUAUCAGUUUCCGAUGACCCCUAUGCCAUACUAUCCUUAUCCGUAUGUCGCCGCUGCUCAAUAUCAACAACCGCCAUGGGCUAUUGUUCCAAAAGAACUCCCAACAGCCUCUCCUCCCUUUCAUCGUAAUCAUAAUCUUAAUGCCUCAUGCGCCUUCCACGCAGGGUAUAUAGGACACUCCACAGAGGAUUGUUGGUCUCUCAAGAAGAGGAUUCAAGAGUUAAUUGAUCAAGAGGUUCUGUCUUUCUUCGAGGAAAAACCUAACAUGAAAAUGAAUCCACUUCCUAAUCACGGAGGUUCAACAGUCAACACCGUGAUCGACGAAGAAACAAUAGAAUCUGUACUAAGGGUCGACGAUGUAAAGACUCCGCUGUCAGUUGUGUUGAAAAGGCUUGAACAAUUUGGGUUUCUAGCAGGUCGAAGCUCCUCCCAAGAGGAUUCAACCGAUUCACUUCCGUGUCCCCAGUCCGUUUCCUUUCAGAAUACCAAGGCGGUGCCUUGGAACUAUAAGACAACAACAUAUCUGGGUGGAAAAGAAAUUCGUAUUCCUAACACCGAAAUCGUUAACAUCACUGGAACGGGAGGCAUGACUCGCAGUGGUCGUGUAUUCUCUCCAAAGUACACGCCUAGGGUGUCUCCAUCACCCACAUUUAUCCUUCCCAAAGAGAAGGUCAUUCCUACUCCUACUCCACAGACAAAGGAAACUUUACCAGCCACUCCGAACAUGACGACUGUUCCAAGGCCGACGAACAUUAUUGCCAACAAAGCUGCAAAAUCUAAAGUGUCUAGAAGUAAAAGGCCGAUGAUUGAAAAUGAGCAAGUUAAAGGUCAUAAGAAGAGCAUCACUUUUGAGGAAAGUCAGGAAUUCCUCAAAUUGAUCAAGAAGAGUAACUUCAAGAUCGUCGACCAGUUGAACCAGACUCCUUCCAAAAUAUCCAUUUUGUCUCUGCUGUUGAAUUCUGAUGCUCACCGUAAAACAUUGAUGACAGUUCUAAAUACCGCUCAUGUGAUGCAAGAUAUCACAAUCGAUCAAUUUGACGACGUGGUUUCUAAUAUCACCGCCAGUAGGUAUUUGGGAUUUAAUGAAGCAGAACUACCUCCUGAGAGAAACACCCAUAAUAAAGCACUACACAUUUUAGUCAUGUGCACAAACUCUCUCCUAUAUCGAGUCCUCGGUAAUACUGGUUCUUUGCUUAAUGUACUGCCAAAAGCUACAUUAAGCCAAUUACAAUUCAAAGGGCCCGAGAUGAGGACCAACACAUUGAUUGUCUGA